UCCGCGGUCAUUUUCAUUUCCCAAGGGCAGCGCAGCUCUGGCUGAGCGAGGGCAGGGCAGGGGAGCGGGUUGCGGGGCCUCUCGGUUCUCGAACCUUUGCGAUCUUCGACUACACCCACCACAAUCCCCCCGCUUCUAGCGCCUCCUGCAGCCCGGGGAGGGGCGGGGGCCGCUUGGCCAGGUGGAGGGAACGAAGGGGUCCAGGUGAGGUGAGGUCCUGGUGCCCCAGCGCAGAGCCCGCCUCGGCCUCCGCAGCCAGAUCUGGACAUCGGGGGCUAACCGAGCUCUCCAGAGGGCUUUGGGGACGGGCAGUGGCUGGGUCGGGGUUGGGAAGGCGAGACCCUGGGGCUGCAGACACGGAAAGAGGGCCGAAAGAGGGAAGUAACGGGAAACGACGGGGACGACGUCAAGAGGCGGGGCCGGAGAGCCCGGCUUGGGGGCAGAGUGGGAGACCGGGGCAAAGACCGGCCACCUGAGCCUGGGUGUGGGACAGCAGCACAGAGCUUCCGAUCGAUCGCGGAAGGCGCGUUAAUGAGACCUUUUUUUGGACUGUCUACACGGACCCUGCGCUGGGGAUACCGGUGAAUGAAGAAGCUCCCGUGGGGCUACGUUCUAGUGGGGGAAGUGACAACAAACUCACUCCAGAGUCAACAGUUACUGGAGCUUGAGCCUUACCCCUUGUUCCCUUUCCCAGCGCCGGCCCCUCUUCCAGAGAGCUGGUAGCUCCUCCUUGCACCUGUCCAAAGGUCUCAGACAGAGGGCAAUGCCAGGAAGCUGGUGAAGGCUUUCUUCUCCUCCACCAUGGUUGACGGCGUUAAAUAUGAAGUGGCCUCCCAGCAGGAGAGGGAUGCCACCCCCUUGGCCAAUGACGCCAGCCCCAAGCCAGAGCAGGUGCAGCUGAAGAAGGAGAUCUCGCUGCUGAAUGGCGUGUGCCUGAUUGUGGGGAAUAUGAUUGGUUCCGGCAUCUUUGUAUCCCCCAAAGGCGUGCUCAUCUACAGUGCCUCCUUUGGCCUCUCCCUGGUCAUCUGGGCAGUCGGGGGCGUCUUCUCUGUCUUUGGGGCACUUUGUUAUGCAGAACUGGGCACGACCAUUAAGAAAUCUGGGGCCAGCUACGCCUACAUCCUUGAGGCUUUUGGGGGACUCCUUGCCUUCAUCCGUCUCUGGACCUCGCUCCUCAUCAUCGAGCCCACUAGCCAGGCCGUCAUCGCCAUCACCUUUGCCAACUACCUGGUGCAGCCCAUCUUCCCAAACUGCUUAGCCCCCUAUGCUGCUGCCCGCCUGCUGGCUGCUGCCUGCAUCUGUCUCUUAACCUUCAUUAACUGUGCCUAUGUCAAGUGGGGAACCCUGGUACAAGAUGUUUUCACCUAUGCUAAAGUAUUAGCCCUGAUCGCCAUCAUCAUCGCAGGCAUCGUUAGACUUGGCCAGGGAGCCUCGACUCACUUUGAAAAUUCCUUUGAGGGUUCAUCAUUUUCAGUGGGUGACAUUGCUCUGGCACUGUACUCGGCUCUGUUCUCCUACUCUGGCUGGGACACCCUCAACUAUGUCACUGAAGAGAUCCAGAACCCCGAGAGGAAUCUGCCCCUCUCCAUUGGCAUUUCCAUGCCCAUUGUCACCAUCAUCUACAUCUUGACCAAUGUGGCCUAUUACACUGUGCUUGAAAUGAGGGACAUCCUGGCAAGCGAUGCUGUUGCUGUGACUUUUGCAGACCAGAUUUUUGGAAUAUUCAAUUGGACCAUUCCGUUUGCGGUUGCAUUAUCCUGCUUUGGUGGCCUCAAUGCCUCCAUCGUGGCUGCGUCUAGGCUUUUCUUUGUGGGCUCGAGAGAAGGCCAUCUCCCUGAUACCAUCUGCAUGAUUCAUGUGGAGCGGUUCACACCGGUGCCAGCUCUUCUCUUCAAUGGUCUCAUGGCGUUGAUCUACUUGUGUGUGGAGGACAUCUUUCAGCUCAUUAACUACUACAGCUUCAGCUACUGGUUCUUCGUGGGGCUCUCUAUUGUGGGUCAGCUUUAUCUGCGCUGGAAGGAGCCCAACAGGCCUCGUCCUCUCAAGCUCAGCCUGUUCUUCCCCAUUGUCUUCUGCCUCUGCACCGUCUUCCUGGUGGCUGUCCCACUCUACAGUGAUACCAUCAAUUCUCUCAUCGGCAUUGGCAUUGCUCUCUCAGGCUUGCCCUUUUACUUCUUCAUCAUCAGAGUGCCAGAACACAAACGACCUCUUUGCCUCCGCAGGAUUGUGGCCUCUGUCACGUGGUACGUCCAGGUCCUCUGUAUGUCAGUUGCUGCAGAGAUGGAUUUGGAAGAUGGAGGAGAGCAGUCCAAGCAACAGGAUCCCAAGUCUGAAUAACCACAAGAAAUUUCAAGAUGUGGAAAGCAGGGGCUUUUAUCUCCUGCAGGCUGGAGGCAAGGAAGUUGAAAAGGAAAGCUCCCUUAUUUGGAGACACCUGGCCAGAAGCCUCUUAGGCAGCUUCAGCAACCUCUGAACUUGCUUUCUGAGAGAUGGAGAGUAAUUUAUUUGUUUUGCUACACAUUAUUCCAGGUUUCUUUAAAGGGACAUAAAACAGACUGUGAUGGGAAGCAUGCUAGGUGUGAGCUGGGAUGUUCCAGUGGUGUGCUCCCAUGUGUGAAGAUAUCCACUCACGGCCACUGUGCCUGCCCACUACUUCUCUUCCACUGGAAAAUCCAACAAUGCUUUAACUGCCUGUCUCUUUUAGAGACAUGAAACGGUCACAGGUGCUAGACAAUAAAAGGGUAUGCUUCUAAACUC